GUCACAUUCGCAGGCUUGUUAGUCGAGCGCCUAUACUGAGAGGAAUCUAAAAGAUGGCGCAAGCAAUAUUUGAAGUAUUGGAAGGGAUGGACAACCAGACGGUUCUGGCGGUCCAGUCGCUGUUAGAUGGCCAGGGAGGAGUGCCUGACCCAAACAGCCAGAAUGUCUCUGGGACCUCAACCAUCCAGUCCAUGGACGACGAAGACGUCUUCCUCUGUGGAAAGUGUAAGAAACAGUUCAACUCCCUGCCUGCCUUCAUGACACACAAGAGGGAGCAGUGCCAGGCCAACUCCCCCUCCCUCUCCACAGUCUCCCUGGCAUCCAGCAAUGCCUACACCCCCGUGCCCUCCAUCAGCACUGGGCCACAGACACCUGCCAACAGACAGGUGUCCACCUACAUCACUGUGCCUCCGUCCCCCCUGACCCACACCCUGGUCCAGGGGAAUGUCCUGGUCAGUGACGACGUCCUCAUGUCGGCCAUCUCUGCCUUCACCUCCAUCGAUCAGCCCAUGGCUGCCAUGCAGCCUUCUAUACAGAGUAAUCUGAGUAUGCACACAGGUGUGUCGUACCUGCAGCACCACCACCACCACCAUCACCACCACCACCACCAACAAACCCAGCAACAACAGCAGCAGCAACAGCAGCAGCAACAGUCCCAUCCUCUCCCAGGGUCGGCCCAAUCUCAGCCCCUCUCCUCUCAGGUGCCCUCCAGCCACAGCAACUCUGUUGUUCAGGUCUACAGCACACUGCCCCCUAUGGCCGGGGGCGGCAGUGCAGAGAUCCCAACCCUGGGCUUGCAGCAGUUCCAGUCUGUUCAGGUGCCCAGCCAGUGUGUGGACAGUCAGUCCUUCACCACUCCCCCAGUCUACAGCCCGGGGAAGCAGGGCACCAAGACCAAGACCUGCAGCAUCACUGCCAACCUGGCUGAGCUGGGGGAGUUUGAGAAGGUAAUCAUCCCCAAGCGACCACGGAACGGCAAGAAAGGGCCAGACGGAGCCACAGAACAACUCAAAGGAAAAGGCCCGAAGCUCAAAUGCAACUUCUGCGAAAAGAUCUUCACCAAGAACUUUGACCUCCAGCAGCACAUCAGAAGCCACACAGGAGAGAAGCCCUUUCAGUGCAUCGUGUGUGGGCGGGCUUUCGCCCAGAAGUCUAACGUUAAGAAACACAUGCAGACACACAAGGUGUGGCCUCUGGGCGUGGCCAGCACGGUGUCCAGACUGCCAAUCACAGUCAAGGUGGUCCCACUCUGCUCAGAGGAGGAGGGGCAAGGGGAGGGGCUACAGCAGCAGAUGGAUGAAGAGGCGGAGCAGCCAGAGGUUCCAGGAGAGUCCGAAGACAGGGAGAGUGACUCCCAGCCUGAAGGAGAUGGCAGCCAUGGGGAGGACAAGCAGAACGGCCAGUCCCAAGCUCGGGCCCAGGCCAUGGAAGCCCAGAACCAGACCCAGGUCCAGACAAAGCAGAUAGUCCUCAUCGACAGCUCCUACCAGUGCCAGUUCUGCGCCGGAAAGUUCAGCACCUACUUCCAGCUGAAGUCCCACAUGACCCAACACAAGGGGGAGCAGGUCUACAAGUGCGUGGUAAAGACGUGCUCCCAGACCUUCCAGAAGCUGGAGCAGUUCCUGGAUCACAUCCGGUCCCACCAGGAGCAGCUGACGUACCGCUGCCACCUGUGCAGCAAGGUGUUCCCCUCGCUGUUUGAGCUGGGGGUCCACCAGUACUCCCACUGCUUCUGCCCCCAGCAGAGCACCCGCAAAGAGCCCACCAUCUACAGGUGCAUGAAGUGCCAAAGCAGGUAUUCUACCCAGGAGGCCUUGGAGCAACACCUCCUGACCGCCUCCCACAACUUCCCCUGUCCUCACUGUCAGAAGGUGUUCCCGUGCGAGCGUUACUUCAGACGCCACCUCCCCACACACGGCGUGGGCGGCCGCUUCAAGUGUCAGAUCUGCAAGAAGGUCCUGAAGACGGAGCACUACCUCAAGCUGCACAUGCGGAUCCACUCAGGUGAAAAACCAUACAAAUGCUCCAUUUGUGAGGCAACGUUCAACAGGAAAGAUAAAGUCAAGAGGCACAUGCUCAUUCACGAACCGUUCAAGAAAUAUAAGUGUCCGUUCCGGACACAUGUCGGGUGCACUAAAGAGUUCAACAGGCCCGAUAAGCUGAAAGCACACAUACUGUCCCAUUCUGGUAUAAAACCCUACAAGUGCCUGUUCUGCCAGAAGGCCUUCAGCAGGCGUGCCCACAUGGUGGAACACCAGCAGUCCCACACCGACAACUACCGCUUCCGCUGCUCCGCCUGCAACAAGGGCUUCACCCGACACAACUACUACCGGGACCACAAGUGCCCUGCCGCGGGGGCGGGGGCCGACAGAGGGGGGAAGAGAGGGAGCAGAAAGAGGCAGGGCCUGAGGGGAGGCCUGAGGGGAGGGCCGCACAGUGACGAGAGCACCGACGUCAACCAGGACGAAGACGAGGAUGAGGAGGAACAUGGCAGAGAGGAAGAAGAGGACGAUGGAGGGGAAGAGGAGGAGGAAGAAGAGACAGAAGAUGAUGGAGAGGAUCCUCAGGCGGAGAUGUCCAUAUCAACGGUUGAAGAGCAGGCGGAGGGAAGAGAGGAGGAACUGGAGAAUGCCGAGAGAUUAGAGCAGAGGCAGAACACACACAGAGACUGUCUACAGCAGCCAUGUUUGUAAUCCAAACAGAUGAAAAGUAGGCGUUUUAAAGUAACGAAAGGUUGCAGAUUACAGAUGAGAAAUUGGGCUUGUUUACAAGAAUUGCUUGAAGCUUGCAGUUGCUUCUCACGUCAAGUCAAGUAGUGUGUAGGCUGGGAAUCCUGGAAGUAGAAAGCGUUUCAAAAACAAUUUCCAGUAAGUUUCUUUUGAUUUCUCUAGGGAAACAAUGACAAUACUAUAGUUCAUCAUGACUCUGACUACCUAUGUGUACCUAAUGCGCUGGGCAUAGCUAAGGCCCUUGACCGCAGUCCAAAGGAAUUCUCCCAGGCAGGGAUAAACCAGGACUAAGGUCCUCUUUCAAUGGAUCAAGGCUGGCAUGUACUUCAGUUUAGGACUAGGUCUAAUGAACUUCAUCAGGUCCCCCUUCAGAUCAAAUGAAAAGCGGUACAUUAUUGUUUUACAUUAAAACUAUUAUUGAAAUUCUGCGAUUUCUUUCGCAGCGAGUUUAAUCGUGGUGGUCUGAACAAGGACUUUACCUCAACCAUAUCUAUGGCCAGAUUAGACAUGACAGCUGCUGUCACUGCUGACAUGCUUCCUCUGUCCAUGUCUAGAACAGUUUACCUUGUGAGAUGUAUUGUGUACAUUCCUCUUGGCACUCUAUUGACAGUACAAAAUACAUGUCUAAUUAACAUGCACUGGAUGUUGUCGGCAAAGGUCAGAGAUAUUAAGCAAUUAAUGAUGGAGAAAUAGAAAUAUGAAAUAGUGCCGCAAGGUCCUUACAUACAAGUCAGAAGAAAUGGCACUGUUGUGCUGUGUAUCAGUCAAUUGUCCAUUUCCAAGGCAAUGUUGAAUAAAGGGAGUACAUUUUGUUCUGCUAGUUUCUUGAUCUGCUGUAUGGACUAGUUAUGGAAUUGGUCUGUGCGUGAUACCAGUGAAGUAUCAGGCCCGCUCUGGAUAAGAGCGUCUGCUAAAUGACUCAAAGGUAUUGGAGGACACAUUCUUUGUUUGUUUGUCAUGACUGGAAUGCAUGACUUAAGUGCUGUGGUAGGAGAACUGGAUGUAGAAACAGUCUUUCAAGCUAAACUAAACAAUACAAACUAUCAAGACAUGAUCCCAUUACCAGCUCAGUUUAGGCCCAAAGGAUACAAACACUUGACCCAUAGAUUUAAUUUAUUUAGGUGAACUGUUUUUUUUUUUUAAAUGUUUUUUACACAUGUACAUAAUCAAAAAGGAAAUCAGGAGAAUUAAAAUGCUACUAUACGAUAAACCCUUGUUAUUUCUAAAAUCAUUUCUUAAUAUUUUACAAAAAGAAAUUUAGAUUUGUUAUUAACACCAUUUACAAGAGGGUAAUGUACAGGCAGGAUUGGGGAGGGGAUAUUUGCAUAAGGAGAAUUCUUGAGACAAAAAUAAAAGG